GGCGAGGUAUAAAAGACAGAUGACAAGAGAGCGGCCAAACAACAACUCGCGGCGACGACGGCGCAUGUUUGACCUUCCACAAGGUGACCGCAUCUCAGUUGGAGAAUCGCUGUUUUCACUUGUAGUGCAACUGUGGUUCCGAGCGGGUCGCACUUGAGUGUUCUCCUCCCGAUACUUCUUUGGGGUAUUUAAUUGGUGAAUUGAACGGUUUUGGACAGUUGUUGAGUGAUACUUGUGGUGUAGCAUCUAAGUGUGAUUGUCCGGGUCUUAAAAUGUCCAAACCACAGUCCGAUGAGCAGAAGCGGAAGCAGAUCAGUGUCCGAGGAAUCUCGGUUCUAGAGGAUGUGAACGAAAUCAAGAGAGGCUUCAACCGCCAUCUCCACUACACCCUGGUGAAGGAUCGUAAUGUCGCCACCGUGCGCGAUUACUACUUCGCCUUGGCCCACACCGUCAAGGAUCAUCUGGUGUCACGCUGGAUCCGAACGCAGCAGCAUUACUAUGAAAACGACCCCAAGCGCGUCUACUACCUGUCGCUGGAGUACUACAUGGGUCGUUCGCUGCAGAACACCAUGAUCAACUUGGGCAUCCAAACCUCCUGCGAUGAAGCCAUGUACCAGCUGGGUCUGGACAUCGAAGAGCUAGAAGAACUGGAAGAGGAUGCCGGUUUGGGUAAUGGCGGUCUCGGUCGUUUGGCUGCCUGUUUCCUGGAUUCUAUGGCUACCCUGGGAAUGCCGGCCUAUGGUUACGGUAUUCGCUACGAGUACGGUAUCUUCGCCCAGAAGAUCAAGAACGGUGAGCAGAUCGAGGAACCCGAUGAUUGGCUGCGUUACGGAAACCCGUGGGAGAAGGCUCGUCCGGAGUACAUGAUUCCGGUUCAUUUCUACGGACGUGUGAUCGAUACCGCUGAGGGUAAGAAAUGGGUUGAUACUCAAACCGUCUUCGCCAUGCCUUACGAUAACCCAGUGCCUGGAUACGGAAACAAUUUCGUGAACACGCUGCGUCUGUGGUCGGCCAAGUCUCCAAUUGAUUUCAACCUGAAGUUCUUUAACGAUGGUGACUACAUCCAGGCUGUGUUGGAUCGUAACUUGGCUGAGAACAUUUCACGCGUUCUGUACCCGAACGAUAACUUCUUCGAAGGCAAGGAGCUGCGUCUGAAGCAGGAAUACUUCAUGUGUGCGGCCACCCUGCAGGAUAUUGUUCGCCGUUACAAGUCCUCCAAGUUCGGUACCCGUGAUGCCGUCCGCACAUCCUUUGAAGACUUCCCGAACAAGGUCGCCAUCCAGCUGAAUGAUACCCAUCCAUCGCUGGCCAUUCCCGAGCUGAUGAGAAUUCUAGUCGAUGAUGAGAAGCUGUCCUGGGAGAAGGCCUGGGAUGUUGUGGUGCGCACUUGUGCCUACACCAACCAUACCGUUCUUCCGGAAGCUCUGGAACGUUGGCCAGUGUCACUGCUGCAGUCAAUUCUGCCUCGCCAUCUUGAGAUUAUCUACCACAUAAACUUUUUGCAUUUACAAGAAGUUGAGAAGCGCUACCCUGGAGACUUUAAUCGCAUGCGUGCUCUUUCGUGUGUUGAAGAGGAUGGCGAUAAGCGCAUCAACAUGGCCAACCUGUCGAUUGUAGGUUCGCAUGCCGUGAAUGGUGUCGCUGCCAUCCAUUCCGAAAUCAUCAAAAAGGAUAUCUUCAAGUGCUUCUAUGAGAUGACUCCGGAGAAGUUCCAGAACAAGACCAACGGCAUUACUCCACGUCGUUGGCUUCUUCUGUGCAACCCAGGUCUGGCGGAUCUGAUCGCAGACAAGAUCGGAGACGAAUGGCCAGCGCAUCUGGAUCAACUGACCAAGCUGAAGGCAUUUGCCAGGGAUCCAACAUUCCAGCGGGACGUUGCCAAGGUCAAGCAGGAAAACAAGCUGAAGCUCGCUCAGCUGUUAGAGAAGGACUACGGCGUGAAGAUCAACGCUGCCUCGAUGUUCGACAUCCAGGUCAAGCGUAUCCAUGAGUACAAACGUCAGCUGCUCAACUGCUUGCACAUCAUCACCCUGUACAACCGCAUCAAGCGUGACCCAACGGCCAACUUCACUCCACGUACCAUCAUGAUCGGAGGAAAGGCUGCUCCUGGAUACUACAUCGCCAAGCAGAUCAUCAAACUGAUCUGCGCCGUUGGCAAUGUCGUCAACAACGAUCCUAUUGUCGGCGAUAAGCUCAAGGUUAUCUUCCUGGAGAACUACAGAGUCACGUUGGCCGAGAAGAUCAUGCCAGCUGCCGAUCUGUCCGAGCAGAUCUCCACCGCCGGUACGGAAGCGUCCGGAACUGGAAACAUGAAGUUCAUGUUGAACGGUGCCUUAACCAUCGGUACCCUGGACGGUGCCAACGUUGAGAUGGCAGAGGAGAUGGGCAACGAUAACAUCUUCAUCUUCGGUAUGACGGUGGAUGAGGUCGAAGAUCUGAAGCAACGUGGUUACAAUGCCUACGAUUACUAUAACACCAACCCGGAUAUCAAGCAGUGCGUCGAUCAGAUCCAGAGUGGAUUCUUCAGUCCUGGAAAUCCUCACGAGUUCACAGACAUCGCCAACGUGCUGAUGAAGUACGAUCGCUACUUUUUGUUUGCCGAUUAUGAAUCGUACAUCAAGGCACAGGAUCAGGUGUCGGCCACGUAUCAG